UGUAAUUAACAAUGGAAAGGGAGAUGUCGUUCACCAACUGGUCUUUUAUACCGACAACUAAUAUGCAAAAUAGUUUAUUCAACAAAAGCUUAACAGAGUUGCAAAGGGAUAGAAAUUUAAUUAAUUUGCCUAUAAUUUGUUCAAACGAUAACAUAAGUGAUUCCAAUCAAGAGGAAUGUCUCCAAUGGCUCACUCAGUGGGACUCGAGACCCACUCAAGUGAUACAACUGUCCGACACGACCACAUCCAGUGAUAUUACGUACAGCUCUAUGAAUACAAUCGAGUCGACAGUGUUUAGUGACUUGUUGUUCAUAUCAAACACCACACAAACGGCAACUAAUGAGCCAUUAAUGCCGGUCUACAAGUGGCCCUUCCUUUUGCUCGGAUUAUUAGUCAUUAUCGGAGGGUUUGGUAAUAUUCUCGUCUGUCUGGCCAUUGGCUUUGAAAGGAGACUACAAAAUGCGACCAAUUAUUUUUUGCUCAGUCUGGCGGUGGCAGAUCUGCUCGUCUCUGUUGUUGUCAUGCCUUUUGGUAUUUUAAAUGAAUUUUACGGUUAG